AUGCCUCGACUGCAGGAUCGUGAAACCUCAAAUAGCGAGGGAAUACAUGCUCAAGACAUUGAAGAACAUGCCUCUGACCACCUCGGUAAUAGGCACGGAGAGAUACAUAACAAAAGGUUAUGGACUCUCGCAGGGUCCGCGCUGGUGCAACUACCUAUCUGGGGAUUUGCAAUGAGCUUCGGCGUAUUUCAAGAAUACUUCAACACAAACUGGGGAUCUGUUGGCAUUAAAGGCGACCAGUCACGUACUGGCCUCGUAGCCGCGCUUUGUGGUGCGGGUCUUGCUUGCAUCAGUUUCACGUUGUCUUCUUUCAGUACGGUUGUCUGGCAGUUGAUCCUGACACAAGGAGUUAUGGCCGCCUUCGGGUGUACGCUGAUGUUCAGUCCGAUGACAUUAUCACUUGGCGAGUGCUAUAGCACUGGCAAUCGCGCUUUGGCUUAUGGUAUUACCCUUUCCUGCAAGAACAUUGUCGGAUCUGUAUGUCCCUUCCUCUUCCGACAACUGAUCGACCAUUACGGAUUUCGGGUGGCAUUGAGAGCCUGGGCGGCCAUUGGGGCAGGCACCAGCACUCUGGCCAUACUCCUGGUUCCCACUUAUCCUCCAUUCCUAUCAACCAACGAGUCUCGACAACGAAGGAUACCUUGGCAGUUCUUGAAACACAAGACCUUCCACAUUUAUAGCCUUGCAAUCAUCCUGCAGAGUGCAGGCUAUGGCAUACCUCAAACUUACCUAAGUGAGUUCGCACGAGAGGUCGCUCUGCUGUCACAGACCUCCGCAACCUUACUGCUUACCCUCUUCAAUAUACCCGGAAUCGCAUCCUCGUCUUUCUUCGGCUACUUGAGCGAUAACAAGCAUAUCAAGCUUUCAGCUAAUACCGUAACAUCUGUAUCAGCCUUCAGCUCCGCCCUCUCGGCCUUCCUGCUCUGGGGCCUCACUUCACGUGGUGAUCUAGCUCUCCUGCUGGUCUUCUCGAUGACAUUUGGAUUCUUCGCUGGUGGGUAUUCAGCUACGUGGGGAGGUGUGCUUGCCGAUAUGGAACGUGAAGCUGCACAGCGCAACGAGGCUAUCGAUACCGGAAUGGUCUACGGGCUAUUCAAUGGCGCACGAGGUGUUGGUUAUGUCGUGGGUGGACUGGCUAGUGUGUCUCUGCUUGAGGCCGGAUCGACCAACUCUGUUGCGAAAUUUGCCUAUGAUUCGAGCUAUGGCCCGUUGAUAAUCUUUAGUGGGCUGUGCUCGCUCUUUGGUGGAUGGGGUGUCCUCUGGAGAUGGGACAAGCUGGAGAGUUGGUUGAAAGGAAUCAAUAGACCAUGA